CCAGGGAAACCCCGAUAUGAUGGGAUGCGAUCGGAAGAUGUGGCGGAUGGUGCCGUGCUAUUAGUACCUCGACAAAGGCGUCGUCGUGCUCGCCGCCGCGUCCGUCCGCGACUAUAAACGAGGCCAGUCUCGCUCGCACUGCAAAGCAGAUAGCUCGAAAACGAUCGUCGCCUAAAGUUCAAUCAGCAACGAAGCAGUUCAGUUCCGAACCUCCUAUCGCGAUCGACACUCAAACCUCCCGUCGUGGUAAUAUCGUCGCGCUUGCACCCUCUCUCACGACGCUCCCGCACCCACGCCCUUCAUUCGACACGCACAGCUCACCACACGCUCCAGCACAAUGCUCGUCCUCUCGCCGCUCACCCGGGUCCUCGCACUGGCGCUCAGCAGCGCGUGCGCGGGGGCGGCGCUCGGCGAGCAGCAGAAGCCGGUCGCGGGGGGGGCGCCGUUCGCGCCGCCGACGAUCGAGACGCUGUCGUUCUCGGGGAGCGGGUGCCCGCAGGACGGGGCGGGGCGCAAGCUGGUGUCGGGGGGGUGGCAGCACUUCGCGGUGACGCUGCCGGACUUCGCGGCGGCGAUCGGGGGCGGCGCGGGCGUGGCCGCGCGCAGCGCCAGCUGCCAGGCCCACGCGCGCCUCGGCGCCGCCGCCCCCGGCUGGCAGGUCGCGCUGCGCGACGUCUGGACCGCCGGCCGCGCCGAGCUGCGCGGGCCCGGCGUGCGCCUCGCCCAGUUCGUCACGACCUACUUCAGCGAGGACGCCGCGCGCACGGUGUCCGCGAGCCAGACGGUGGCGGAGACCGCGGUCGACGGGGCCCCCGCGGCCGUCGCCGAGGACGUCCAGGUCCACGCCCGCAUCCCCGCCGACAGCCUCGUCUGGUCGCCCUGCACCGGCCCCGACGGCUACGUCGGCCUCGUCAACGUCAACUUCCGCGUCGCCUUCACGUCCGCGAACAAGGCCGCGUCGGGCUACUUCGGCGCGAGCAAGAACGCGACGGUCAGCGAGCGAUGGGGCUGGACGUGGAGACGAUGUUAG